CCUUAAAAUAAACAAGUUCUAAAGGUUUUAUUUCAUAAUAUGCGUGUAGUCAAAUUGAGUCUACGAGAUAGUGCUCGAUUAGUCAUAGAAGAGGUUAUAAUAUUUUGGCAAAAAGCUCGUAUUCCGAACAGAGAAGUACGUCAUUGUAUACCAAAAUUAGAAGCGAUGUACAACGAAUGGCGAAAUUUGCAAAGAAAUGCAUCCAGGCGAAUUGAUACACAAAUAAAAAAAGAAAAUAUCUUUAUUGAUAAGUUCUAGGACCUUUUUGACAUAGCACACUUUGAUGCUACGAAUAUAAUGAGUAACGAAAUAGAUAAACGAUUUUUAAAUUGUCAACGGCAAAAAGGUCGUCCAGGUAUAUUAAUUGGAAUUGAUCUUACUUCAAACAAAAGUGAACAAAAAAAGUAUAUACGCCUUCAAGAAUCAGAAAAAAGGAGAAAACGUGCUCAUGAUGAAAUAAAAGUAUUGUAUGAAACGGUCGAGUUUAUAUCAUCAACAGAAAGUGAUACCGACGAUGAAACAUUAUAUGAACCUACUGAAACCGGUCCUUCUAUUAGAAAACGAGCUUUAACACAAUUUCUCACUAAAAAACUCGUAGCUGUAUUGGAUAGAUGUAAGGUUAGUGAUAGAGACGUAACUUAUCUACUUAUGGCAACAGCUAAAGCGUUAGGUUAAAAUGUCGAUAGUUUAGUCAUUAAUCGU